UCGCCAGGGCCGGGGCUGAGCUCCCACCGACGUCACCCUGAGCCCGGUGCACUCGCAGGCCUCCUCUCCAAUGAUUCAGAAGUCACGCCCGGCCCUGCUGCAGCCUCAGGAUGUCGGAGAUAGGGUGGAAACGCUUAUGUUGCAUCCAGUGAUCAAAGCUUUCCUGUGUGGCUCCGUCAGUGGGACCUGCUCCACUCUCCUUUUCCAACCUCUGGAUCUCCUCAAAACACGCCUGCAGACUCUACAGCCCUCCCCCCAUGGAUCCAGACGCGUUGGGAUGUUGGCUCUGCUCCUGAAGGUGGUUCGCACAGAGAGUCUUUUGGGCCUUUGGAAAGGGAUGUCCCCUUCCAUUGUGAGGUGUGUCCCUGGCGUUGGAAUCUACUUUGGCACUCUCUACUCUUUGAAGCAGUAUUUCCUGCGAGGCCAUCCCCCCACUGCCCUGGAGUCGGUCAUACUGGGGGUGGGCUCUCGCUCAGUUGCAGGGGUCUGCAUGUCACCCAUCACUGUGAUCAAGACACGUUACGAGAGUGGGAGGUACGGCUAUGAGAGCAUCUAUGCAGCCCUGAGGAGCAUCUAUCGCAACGAGGGACACCGGGGCCUCUUCAGUGGCCUGACAGCAACACUCCUUCGUGACGCACCCUUUUCUGGAAUCUACCUGAUGUUUUACAACCAGACCAAAAACAUCAUGCUCCAUGACCAGUUGGAUGUGGCCUUUCUUCCCGUGGUAAAUUUCAGCUGUGGGAUAUUUGCUGGUAUUCUGGCCUCACUGGUAACUCAACCUGCAGAUGUUAUCAAAACUCAUAUGCAGCUCUCCCCAGUGAAAUUUCGGUGGAUUGGCCAGGCAGUGACACUCAUAUUCAAAGACUAUGGGCUGCGUGGCUUCUUCCAAGGAGGUGUCCCCCGGGCCCUCCGCAGAACUCUGAUGGCAGCCAUGGCGUGGACAGUCUACGAAGAGAUGAUGGCCAAGAUGGGCCUGAAGUCCUGACUGAGAGGGGACUGCGAAAAGAUGGGAUCUGUUGCCCUGCCUGCUUUCUGCCAUGGGCUGCCUCCUCUCACCAUCCUGGAGUCAGAUGAAGUCCUCUCUGGAAAGCUAGGCAGAUACGUCACCUUCGGCUACCCAACUCAAGUAGAGAAUAGAUGGGCCUGACUCAAGCCCUCGGAAUCUCCCCAAAGAGGAGUCACUGAUACACGCAGCCCUUUGGGGAGUCAGGAGAAGGCUUUGCGUACCCUGCAAGGCUACUUGAAAAGGCAUUUCCGGAGAGAGCUCUGCCAGGUGGCUCCAUCUCAGCCACCCGUCUACACCACGGUGCCUCUUUGGAUGUGUUCUUGGGCAAGGCAUCACAAAGCCAGAAAGGCAGUGUGCCUCGUGCUGUGGCCGAGGAGCUCCAGCAGGGGAGGCGGGGUCUUCAGAGAGAGGAGUCACUGUCACCAGGCUGAAGUCUGCGUCUGAGGGGAUGUUAGGAUGAGGAAGAAAAGGUUCCUAAUCACCUUCCCAGAGACUCUGGAGAAGGGGGGACAGUGGCUUCCUAGCCUCUUAAGUGUCCAAAUUAAACUUUUUCAUCUUGGCUCCUGUACUGUUUCAACUCUAAGUUGUUCUGGCAUUUUUGUGCAGCUGAAGUUCAGAUAAAUAAAAUGAAGCAUUUUAUCACUGAAGACUUUGGCAUACCUAGCGUCAUCACUCUGUCCUGAAAUAAUAAAAUAGUCUUAAGUUG